AUGGCUCCUACGAAAGCGGAUACUAUAAAAUAUUCCUCACUAACAGUUCUGGUGCUCCAGAACUGCUCUUUGGUUCUAUUCAUGAGAUAUGCUAUGACCAAGGAUAGACCACAUUUUUUGAAGACGAUUACUGUAUUCUUUGGAGAGAUCUUCAAAUUCUCAGUCAGUCUGAUAUUAGCAUGUAUGGAGGAGAAAAGCAUUGUGAAAGGUCUCAAACGCAUCUACCACGAGUUCUUCGUCAACUGGAAGGGCACACUGAAGGUAUUGGUUCCAGCUGCGAUAUACACCAUUCAGAACUAUCUUCUCUAUGUGGCUGUUGAUAAUCUUCCUGCUGCCACAUACAUGGUGACUUAUCAAUUGAAGAUUCUUACGACUGCUGCAUUCACCGUCCUUGUUCUCCAUCGUCGUCUUUCCAUUCAACAAUGGAUUGCUCUUCUAGUCUUGUUUGCCGGAGUCGUUGUUGUUCAAUAUGAUCAAAAAAUGUCAAACGAACGGGAGAAAAUGGCUGCUAAUGCUCUUGCAAACAUCUCCACAACGCUUGCUCCAACCACGCUUGCUCCAACCACGGAAUCACUAUUAAAUUCAACUUCAAAUUCAACUUCUUCACUUCUUCCUAAAUUAGGCAGAACCGAAAACUCAAUUCUUGGAUUCAUAGCUGUUCUUGUGGCAUGUGUGCUCUCCGGAUUUGCUGGUAUCUAUUUCGAGAAGAUUCUGAAGGGGUCGAACGUUUCGAUUUGGAUCAGAAACAUUCAACUUGCUUUCCCGUCUAUCUUCUUUGCUUUUAUCUUUGCAUCAAUCACUGACAGAAAGACACUGUAUCAGAAUACACCAGAGGAUCCUAUAACUACGGCAACUGUUUGGAACAACAUGCUCACAGGAUUUGACUGGGCAGUUUGGGUUACUGUAGCUGUCAACGCUUUCGGCGGUCUAGUGGUCGCUGUUGUCAUAAAGUACGCUGACAAUAUUCUGAAAGCAUUUGCCACAUCCCUCGCCAUCGUUCUGAACUGUAUCGCUGCCUACUUUUUGUUCAACUUCCGUCCUUCUAUUCUUUUCCUUGUCGGAGCCUCUGGAGUCAUUGCUGCAGUUUUCGCUUACAGUAUGUAUCCGUACAAACCUUCUCAUCAAGCCAUUCCAACUGAUGCUCCAAAGGACACAGAGAUGCAGCCAUUGAAGGGCAACACAGACGAAAAGGCUUAA